AUUGCCUAAUUAAUCAGAUUAAUUACUAAAACCUAAAUUAACCUCUCUCUCUCUCUCUCUCUCUAUCUCGAAAUCAGAUAUGGCUUUAGAAAAUGGAAAUCAAAAGGUUGAAGUUGGGUCCUCUUGCUCAAAGCCAAUUAGGAAUUAUAAUUGGGUUUUAAUUGUGUUUAGGGUUUUUGCAUUUAUGGCCACUGCAGCUGCAACAAUUGUGAUGGGACUUAACAAAGAAACCAAAACAAUUGUGGUUGCUACCGUUGGAAGUACUCCAUUGACAGCCACUCUUACUGCCAAGUUUCAAGACACUCCAGCUUUUGUGUUCUUCGUGAUAGCAAAUGGAAUAGCUACUAUCCAUAACUUGGUGAUGAUUGCAGCAGACAUAUGUGGAAAAAGGUUGGAUUACAAAGGACUUCGCCUUGCCAUUAUUGCUAUUUUGGAUAUGAUGACAGUGGCUUUGGUAGCAGGAGGAGUGAAUGCAGCAGUUUACAUGGCAGAGUUGGGCAAAAAUGGAAAUUCACAUGCAAGGUGGAAUAAGAUUUGUGAUAAAUUUGGGAAAUUUUGUGACCAUGGAGGUGGUGCCAUUAUUGCUUCCUUUGGUGGUCUUCUUUUCAUGUUGAUAAUUUCAGUCAUGUCUAUUCUCAAACUUUUAAAGCCCAAAUCUAAUUGUGCAGUUAGUGCAUCAUUAGUCCCCUAAUCUUCUCUUUUUUCAAUACUUGACUGUGAUAAUGUGUUCCAUUUAGGUAUUAGUUGCUUAAUGAUGGUGUUUGGGUUUUGUACCCUAAGAAAUUAGGGAUUUGUCAAAUCCUUUGUGUCCUAAGAAAUUUGUAAUUUGUCUUUUUGUGUAAAUUUUCAAUGUAUGGAAGAAAAGGUUUUAUGUA